GCAACACAACCCCCCCCCCUCCCCUCUCUCUCUAUAAACACCCUCACUCACUUCCUCUCUCUCUCUCUAGAAAUUCCCAUUUAUUUAUUUAAAGCUUAAACACUCACCCUCCACAACACCAGCGUUGCUUCUUUCUCCCUUCAAAUAAUCAAAAACUCUCUUUAUACUCUGAAACCAAACACGCCACAACACAACUCAUAACAGAAAACCGAGCACUCCAUCGUUUGACCCUCUGUCUCUCUAUAAACUGACCUUAAAUUAAAUUAAGGAAAUGGAUCUUACAACCGCAUCCGGAGCUAGAUCCGGACCCGAGCUUGACGAAACCGGACUGGAUUCCUUCCAACUCGGUGAAGAUAUCCGUCACUUAAUCGCUGCGCCAUCAGAAAACGCGAGUUCUUUCACUGCUUUACUAGAAUUACCAGCUAACCAAGCCGUGGAGUUGCUUCAUUCGGACUCGGGUCAAAAACAGUACCCGAACUUGACUUUUCCCUCAAACACUUCCGCCAUAUUCUCCGUUUUUAAUGGCGGUAGUAAUUCAACGGAUUCCAGCCCCGUUCCGUCAAACACGAGCUCGAAGGAUCUCGAGAAAGCAUCAGCCGUUAAGUGUGAGCCAUUAGACACGGGGUCUUACCUUGAUUCAUCUCAUCCGUUGGUCUCUGAUCCAACCGUGGAUAAUUCGGCGCCAAAUGCAAGGCCGUCCUCGAAGAGAAAGGAACGAGAGAAGAAGGUUAAAGCAGCAUCAAAGAAGAGCAAAACUGAGAGUUCUCAACAAGAAGAAGACAUGCUGCCUUACGUUCAUGUUCGAGCUCGGCGGGGACAAGCAACGGAUAGCCAUAGCUUAGCAGAAAGAGCGAGGAGAGAGAAGAUUAAUCAAAGAAUGAAGUUAUUACAAGAACUGGUCCCAGGCUGCAAUAAGAUUUCUGGUACAGCAUUGGUUUUGGAUGAAAUUAUCAACCAUGUGCAGUCCCUGCAAUGUCAAGUGGAGUUCUUAUCAAUGAGACUUGCAGCAGUUAAACCAAGAAUUGAUUUCAAUCUCGACAGCAUGUUGGCUGCAGAAAGUGGAUCUCUAAUUGACAGUAACUUCUCCGGCAUGUUGCCUCUGAUGUGGCCAGAAGCCCAAGUCAAUGGAAACGGACACCAGUUCCAACAGCACUGGCAGUUUGAUGCGCUUCACCAGCCAAUUUGGGAAAGAGAAGAAGGCAGCCAUAACUUCAUUACUCCCGAGAACUCUCUUUUAAGUUACGACUCUUCAGCAAAUUCAGCAUCUCUGCACUCCAAUCAAUUGAAAAUGGAAGGCAGAAUGAAGCUCCACCAGUAGCUAGUACUGUAUAUAUCAAUAUUAGCAGUUAGCAGGAAAUGGAAAGGAGGCCUCAGACAUUUAAUCUGGUUUUCCAUGUCUUCAGUUUACCAGUCAGUUGGAAAUCCAGAAUUCUCUAGCUGGGGAUGAGAAAUUUCAGCUCGUAUCUCUUGUAUAGUUAUAAAUCUAUAUACGAUUUACUACAUACAUAUAUUUUAUACUAACUCAUUUGAGAGUCAUUCAAUCCAAUGCUUCAUAUACGAGAUGAUUGGUGACUCAUAUUGUAGAAACGAACAAUUAUCGGUUAACAAGCCGCCAUCUUUUACCGCA